AUGGCGGCGAAGUUACGCACUGCCGUCUCGCCUACUGACGUCGUCUACCCUGUAGACUUCGAGAAGUUCGAGAAAGAGCAGUUCGAGUCACUGACUAAAGCACUCAGUAUGGAAGAGAGAGCGAUGAAAGAGAAACACUGCAGAAGUGUGGUCAUCGGCACACAUCAGGAGAAGGGCUGCACCAUCUUCUGGUCGCUUCUCAAGAAUCGCUUUCAGCUGGAGAAGCAGAACAUUACGUGCUGGAAGGCUGCCAUGGUGAUACAUAAGGUCUUACGUGCUGGACAUCCUAAUGUGCUUGACCAGUCUUACAGACAUCUUGAUAGAUUGAAACAGUUGGGCCAGACUUGGGGGCAAUAUCUGGAUGCAUAUUCCAAGUUGAUUCAUGCGUACUGCUGCGUCAUUUGUGCAAAACUGGAUUUUCAUCGGAGGAAUCCAGCUUUUCCUCAAACACUGAAUUUCAAGGAUCAGAAAAUUCCUGUUCAGGACAACGAUAUCAACGGAUAUUUUCAGCUGGCCGUCGAAGUCUUUGAUUUCCAGGCAACCAUACUGAAAUUGCAGAAACUCAUAUUUGGAAGUUUGGAUCCAUCUCGUCCAGCUAGUGCAACUUCUGUUCACUGUCGUGUCGCUCCUCUUGUGCCUAUUGUUGAAGAAUCGGCUGCAUUGUACCAGAUGAGCCUGAAGUUAAUGCAUCAAUUACAUUCUAGUUUGCCAAUUGAGACUCUGACUGGUCAUCGUGAACGCUUUUACAAGCAAUACUCAGAGCUUUUUAAGUUUUACUUUAGUGCCGACAACUUGCAGUAUUUGGAGACACUUGUGUCGGUUCCAAAAUUGUCGGAGCAUCCACCAACAUUUCAAGUUGGUGGUCAAAUCGUUUCAGAUGGUGAAAGUCGUCCAAGCACACAGAGAAGUGCUUCAGUACCGAAGUCUGCAGAUCCAUUUGUUCCUCCUACAGACCAUCGCAAAAGUUUACCUUUUGUGCUUGAAAGGAAAAGCACUGAUGAUCGCUUUCGCGAUGCUUUCGGGUCUCCUACUAAGCUGCAGGGAUUUGAUUUUGGUGUAACAGAAUCAUCCAGCGAAACUUCUCAACAACUAAAAGAGAAAGAUGAUUUGAUUGAGCAACUUAUGCGUGAGGUUGUAGAAUUAAGGCAGAAAGUGAUUGAUCUGGAGAGGCAACAUCAAGCUGACACAGCAUUGAUUAAUAGUUUAAAAUAUCAGAUAAGACAGCUUCAGGAAGAAAUAGACGAGUACAAAGACAUUGCAACUCAAGCUUGUGAUGAGAAUGUUGCACUUAAAAGCCAGCUGAAUGAUUCUAAGCCUAUUGUAGAAUCUAAGGCUGAAUCAGAUAAAUUAAAAGCAAUGGAAGAAAAGUUUGCAAAGGUGAAACAGAUGUAUGGAUCAUUAAGGAAAGAACAUGUUGAUCUGCUUAAGCAACACUCAGAGGUGACUAAGCAAGUGACCACACUUGGGAAGAAAGUAGAAGAUUCAGAGACAGCAUCAAAGACUUUCCAGAGUAAAGUUACUGAGCUAGAAGAUGAAGUGGAGAAAUCUCGUGCACAGUCAGCCAUUGCUGAAAGUGUGCCUACUUUACAAGCUGCCUUGGAGGAGCAGCAAAGAGCUGCUGAAUUGCUUAUUGCUGAAAAAGUAGCAGCUGAGCGUCAGAUGUCUGAUGAUCUUGAUUAUGAAAGACAUGCAUUGCUUGUUCGUGCUGUGGAAGAAGCUCGUGUACUUAUUCUGCAAGCACAGGAACAGUCCAAAAGUGAUCUGUUGUCAGAUAGCAUUUGUUCGCCUGAAUACUUUACCAGUCAGGUGGAAAGUGUGUGUUCUGUUGCCACAAAGCUAGAAACUGCUGCGUGUUCGUAUGCAGCCAAUAGACAAGAAGUGGGUGAUGUUGUGGCGGCAGUGAGUGCAUUUGCAACUGCCACGAGUGGUGUUGUGUUGUUGACCAGGAGCACGUCAAACACAACAUCAGAUGAAACUGCAGAAGGUAUUAAGAAGGAAGGGCAACAAGCUGUCAUGUUGUCAUGUGCUUUCUUGGAUGCUGUUCGAAAUGUAGAUAAAGGUGGGGUGAAGGGUAGAUGUUCUGAUUUGGAAGCAUCUCUCAAGGAUCUUGCUUCUCUUGCGAAGUUACUUGCAUUGCCAGAAGAGAAUGACACGUUAGAGUCAAUAGGAGAUAUUGUGGAAGAAGAAAUGGCAGUAACUAGCCAAACGAUUGAAGCAGCUGCAGCAAAGAUUGAAGCAAUGUUAGAUAUGUCGCGAUCGAAACAUACUGGUGUCACACUUGAGGUCAAUGAAAGGAUUCUUGAUUCAUGCACAGAGCUCAUGAAGAGUAUACGCAUUCUAAUUGAGCGUUCUAAAGACUUACAAAGGGAAAUUGUUGUUGGUGGCAAAGGUGCGUCUAGUGCUAAGGAAUUCUACAAACGAAAUCAUCGUUGGACUGAAGGUCUUAUCUCAGCUGCUAAAGCUGUUGGAUGGGGUGCAUCAGUUCUCGUUGAUUCAGCUGACAAAGUAGUGCAAGGUUCUGGCAAGUUUGAGGAUUUGAUUGUUUCUUCACAUGAAAUUGCGGCUAGUACUGCUCAGUUGGUUGCUGCAUCCAAGGUCAAGGCAUCAUUGCACAGUGAACGUCUAGUCAGUGUGAAGGCAGCAUCACGAUCAGUGGCUGAGGCUACAGCAGGGGUAGUUGCUUCGGCUAAGUCAGGGUCAAAGAUGAAUGAUGAAGCCGAAAGUAAUGUGGAUUACUCAAAAUUGUCACUGACACAGGCAAAGAGAUUAGAAAUGGACUCCCAGGUACGAGUAUUGGAACUGGAAAGUCUGCUUGAAAAGGAGAGAAAUCGUUUGGCUGAACUUAGAAGGAUGCAUUAUCAUCUUGCAGGCGCUAGUGAAGGAUGGGAAGAAGAAGAGGAGCAGAAAGCUGAAUAAUUGUUUGUUAGUAGUAAGCCUAUUGAGUAUAGAAGAGCAAAGAGGACAUGUUUGUUAUAGCCUUGUAGUUAUGGAAUGGACAUUUGCUACAAUCGCCGCAAAUGCAGGAUCUUCUACACACGUAAUAUACAUUCUAAGCCAACU